UUAAUUAAUUGUACAUUAAAUCAAUGUACGCAAAUCAAGCCAAAACAUCUCUUGCUACUGUGAGAAAGAUGUGCCACUGCCGCUGUUACUGAUGUCUCUGUGUGUGCCUGCUCCAGCCUGCACAGGCACUGCAGUGGGAGGCAAAGCAGGGAAAGCAAAGCAGCAGGAGAUGAGGGGCUGUGGGAGGAUGUGUGCCAUGUCAGGGUGUUGUUCCCUAGGGUGGAAGGUGAGGAAGAGCAGCAUCUCUGAGCAGCACCUGAGGCUUCCCUGCACCAGCCACUGCCGUCCCCCGUGGCCAAGCCCUUUGCUGCAAGCAUGGACAUCGUGGAGAGGGUGUUCUCUGUGGCCCAGGCCAUCCAUGCCCAGUUCGAGCAGGUGAAGUGCUGCAAGCACCAGUGCCAGCGCCUCGUGGAGCGCAUCCAGAUCCUGCUGGAGCCCGUGAGGAUCCUCAGGGCUCAGCCACGACAGCACAUCUCCCACCACGAAGAGGAACUGAUGAAAAAGCUGCUCCAGGCACUGGAGGAAGCCCAGAAACUGGUGAUGAAAUACAGCCAGACCAGCUGGAUCCAGAAGUUCCUGCGAGCCCGAAGCACUGGCGAGGAGUUUGUCUGGGUGAACGAAAGCCUGGAGGACAUUGCCCAGGGGCUCUCCCUCCUGCUGCAGGCAGAGCAGAAACAGGCUUUCCUGGAAGCCUUCCAGUCAAAGACGUGUCGCAGGCAGGAUGCUGAGGACCUGAGGGAUGACAGAGCUUUCUUGGACCAGGUGAUUGCAAGUACCGAGGAGCCCAAAGAUGCUCUUGAGGAGGUCUACAUCGACAGGGAGUGUAUGGAGAGCAAAAUGGACUGGAUGAAAAGCGAGCUGAACAAAGUCAUUCGUGAGAUGGAGCGCUUGAAGAAGGUGAACGUUGGCAAAAGAGAAGACAUCACUGAGAUCAAGCGGGACCAGCUCACCUUCCACAGGCACCUGCAGGACACAGAGAGCUACGACCUCUACGAGGGCGAGUACCUCAAGUACCCUGUUGCCAUCAAAACCUUCAAGAGGCCGCUGACCACUGACCCAGUCAAGGUGAGAGACAUCUUUGAGAAGGAGAUUCAGACCCUGAAGAAGUUUGAGUCUCCAAACAUCCUUCGCAUGUACGGGAUCUGCAUUGAGGAGAACGAUGGGAGCCCCUGCUUCUCCAUCGUCAUGGAGUACUGCAAGCACGGGACGCUGCGGGACGUGCUGAACAAGCAGCAGAACCUUUCCUGGGACAUCCGCAUUCGGAUGGCCCUGGGGGCUGCCAGAGGCCUUUACAGGUUGCACCAGACAGGGGAGAAGUCCCGACUCCACGGCUGCAUCUGCAGCAGCAAGUUCCUGGUGGCUGGGGAUUACUGUGUGAAGCUGUCAGGAUUUGAGCUGUGUGAAACAGAAUCAUCCAUCAAGAGGAAAGCCAAGAAGGACUGGAAACAAGUCUCUAUGCUGGCCUACAUUGCUCCAGAGAACCUAAAAGAUAUCAACUACCCUUACAAGAGUCCCUGUGAAAUAUACAGCUUUGGGAUCGUUCUGGCAGAGAUUGCAACCUCCAAAAUCCCAUUUGAAGGCUGCACUCCUGGGGAGAUCGUGGAGAAAAUCUGCAAUCACCAGUACUGGGACCCUCUUGGGGAAGAUUGUCCUGAAGAUCUGAGGAAAAUCAUUGAGCAGUGCCAGGCCUGUGACCCUUCCCAGCGUCCUUCUGCCGAGGGUGAGUGUCCCAUACACCUGCUGCACAGGCCUUUGCAUCCCUCAUCAGCUGCUUCAGCAGGUUGUUUGCCCCUCAUUUCCCAAAGAAUUUGCUUGGCUUUGUGUUUUGGGAUCCUGCCUUGACCUUCCUUUUUGUGCCAACAAGUCCCCCAGUUCCAGACCUCACACAUUGACAUUAUUUACCCAUGCCAUGACAAUAAUCUCCAGGCUGCUUGUGCAUGUGGUGUCACAUAAAAGGAGCUUUUUCUAUCAGAC